CUCCAUCCGUGGACAUGCACCUGGGUCUCGCUGAGUAGACAAGGCACGGUGAUGUGUGAGUUGCUCGGUGAAGAGCUGACGAAGGUGGAGAUGCGAAGCGACGUAACCUUCAGUGGAUCCAAACCCUUCGAGUCUCACAACCUUAUGCAAGCGGGGAAAAGAGACAGAAGCAGAGAUCGAAGAAGUCCGUCGUCGCUGUUUUCAUCUUACCUCGCGUCGUUUCGGAACCAUUUUGCAGAAGUCGAAUUCCGCCAUUGGCGGUCUAGCAAACUUUGGAUUUGUCUGCACAAGCAACCUUACACGCGUCAAAACUUGGUCUCUGAAAAGCGUCGAAUUUCAGACGUUCACUUCAUCUCGGGUUGUGUAGAUUCGAUCGCUUGUGUGUGUGCAAUUGGUUCGUCACCACCCGGCCGCGACCCAGGCACCGCAAAGGUCGUCCGAAUUAACUAAGUCCAAACACUGACGAACUCAAGCUGGCGUCGAGAAGCAUGAGAAGGAACACUCGUGCGGCUGUGAGCGCCACCCAUGUUCACUCUCAGGUGUCGGACAACGAGCUAGACGAUUUACGGGGAUUACAAUUGGUCAAUGGAUCUCUUCUUGUCGUGACAAAUUUAGGUCUUAAAAAAUCGACCGACGGGAAGCGUCGCCUGACCCGAUGCAUAUGGGCGCAGGCCACACUUCAGAUCAUAAAGGCCGGGCUGAUAGCGUAUGCGUUUUCUCAACAUGACCGCGUGGCGCAAUCAACCGCUGCAGCCUGUGCAUUUGCUAUGGUCGCUAUCGUCUCCGGGUAUCUUGGACUUGAACGAGGAUCUCUGAAUCUUCUGAAAGCCUACAUCCUGUGCAUGGCCAUUGCCGCUACGUUAGCUGCGUACCCCUUGUACAGGCAGGGCUGCAAAGGAACGGGCUGGUCGAUAUAUCAAAGGACGGCAGGUGACAAACAUUUCGCGAGCUUGAAGCAGUUGGAAGGAGUGCAAGAUGUUCUGAGUGUCACAACUCAAGUUCUUGGCCUGGGAAUUGCCACCAAUUUGCUCAAAUAUUUCACUCCUGAGAAGAGAAGACUCUGAACAUGUCAUGAACAGCCCGGAGACCCAAACGCUUUUUUAGACGCAAGAUCAUCAUCAAACACACAUGGGAUUGCUGAAAGAAGACAUCGUUUUACACGGCCGAACACCUAUAGAAUGCAAAAGAGCUACACACUUCUGGCUCUAGCUGAUCGACAGCUUGUCUCGUAGACUCCAUCUACCUCCGUGGCUUCCGUGUUCUACGACAGGAAGAAGCUUUCGUUUGGGCCAUCGCUGUAAUUUAAAAAUUGAAGUACUAGAUCAAAGCCCUCACUUUCGUUCAUGUCUCAAUCAUCACAACAUUUUCUCAGCUUCCGUCUUUAGCACCAUCUUCCUUUGAUAGUUAUUGCAAGCGAGUGUUGAAAGUACUAAGAGAACUAAGUCAAAGGUGCUUACAGCUUUUACAUUGUUUUCAGUUCCUGAUAUGUGUCGACCCAACUGUAAGUAAGAUUCUCGCCAUGAAUCUCGUCUUUGAACCUCAUAGAUUUGCCACGAUACGCCUCUUUUCCUGGCAGGCCGCAUCAUUUGAGGAUUCGGAGCUCAAGCAGUCAGUAUACCUUCAGACUCUACAUUCAGUUACAGCUUGAAGACGUACCAUGCACAUGACAUAUCUGCAGUCCAGUUUUGUAAAUAAUACUCAAUGUACAUAAGUUUAAACAGAUAAAAAUGAAAGUCAGCAUCCACGCUUGGAACUCUAGUGAAAUUUCACGUUUAAUUUUCAAUUCAAAAUCCAUUAAUUUGAGUA